AUGCGGGAAAACCGCUCGCUCAAUCGACCGGCUUACCAAAUUUCCGAUGCUUACAAAGAUAAUGGUUUCGCCAAGUCAGUUGUCGAUGGGAAGAAAGAAUCCAGUUAUCACAAAGGACGCACAUGUUCCCACACCAAAUCGGAGAAGUCCGCCUCUUGGUGGUAUGUGGACCUGGGCGAACCACUGCCCAUAUCAACGGUAGAGAUUGUGAACAGGGGAGACAGCCUUGGUAAUCGGCUAAAUAACUUCGAACUCUUCAUCGGGAACACGAAGCCUCCAACAGGAUUCGGUUCUGCCUUCAGAUGCUAUAAGGCCAGUCAAGCCGUCAAAAACGGCCAGAUAUUCACGAUACCCUGCAAUGAUAUGACCGGGAGAUUUGUGAUGAUCCGAAUACCACAUGGUAUCCUUAGUCUAUGUGAGGUGACGGUCUAUGUACCGUGCAUGUCGUCCACAACUACAUACUUCGAAAUGGUGGCGGAUGCGGCAGCCCCAAACAACACGGAACCCCUCCUCACCCGUCAAGCAAGGUCUCUAAUAGAAUGUGCUUUGCUGUGUGCUGAACAAAAAGGAUGCGAAACAUUCUUUUAUUUUGAAGAGACCAGACUGGGUCAGCUGUGGAGGAAAUGUGUUGAAAUGCCGUUCGGAGGCCGUGGCUUGUCAUACAAGCGAAAACCGUGAUCCAAACUGUGAUCCAUCGUCAUAUACCAGUCAGUCGUAUGCUCCUCCCCUCGCACACGUUACUGAGCUCGGUCAUAAGUGCUGAGUGUCACUGAAGUUCUGGAUGGACCGUGAUGAAACUGGCCAUGAUCUUUUCGUGUUCUGUUCCAAACAUUAUACCAGUCAGGCUGAUAUCCUCGAAUGACUGGCACGCGGGUGCAUGGUAGGUAUAUCCCGGACGCAGUUGACCGGCCACGUCCUGUCGCCCAGAAGGACGACCAGGAUGACGAAAUGGACUGCACAUGGUUCUAUAGUUGUCGCCAGAUCAAGCUAACGAAGUUGGCUAUGAAAUUGCCAUUAAUGUGCGCAGCAGCUAGACUCCCGGGGCAUGCAGUCCAUUUCGUCGUCUUGGUCGUCCUUCUUGACGGACGUACCGGGCAAGAGGACGAGGCUGGCCCACUGCAUCCAUAGGUGCAGCUCGAUGAGAGUGACAUCUAUCGAUCGACAUUAAUUACGGACACCACCAAUGCUCGAAUGUACACAAGUAUUCCAAACCCAACCACUCGUUUGAGGACACUUCCCAAUUUUA